AUGAAUAAUGCGAAAAAAUUGGAAAUGAAUAAUGUAUUUGCUAAUGCCGUCUGUCAGAAAAGAUUAUUGUCAUAUUUGGAGAACGAUGAUUGUGGACAAUUUUUUAAAUGUUGGAAUGAGCUAUUUAUUGACAAAUGUAAUAAUAAAUGUGCGGAAAUAAUUUCAUUGGAAUUUAACAUUCAUUUAUAUUUUGUGACAUUUCCGCUUCGUAAAUCACCACCGAAUAAAGAAGAAUAUCGGAAGAGAAUUGAAGGAUUAAAGAAAUUAUUGGAAGAUGAGGAUGGUAAGAAAUAUAGUGAUGAUGUUCAACUUGUUCAAUAUUUUGCAUUACCUUAUGUUGCUGAACCUGAAAAGCAUUCUGUUUUUAGAGAACUUUUUCAAAAGAAAUGGGUCAAAAAUCUUUUUGAUAAUUUAACCGUAUUUUUAUCAAAUUAUACAACAAAUAUAAGUGAAGCUCAAAAUGUUUUAUUGCGAAAAUGGAUGGCAGCCUGCCAAUUACAGUAUAAUGAAUUAUUGGAAAAAAAAUGUCGCAAAUUACAAUAUGAUUAUUAUCGGAUUGUUGAUAUUGUUAAUGAAAUGUUUGAUUAUGUGGAACAAUCAAAUGAAGAAAUGGGAGUAAUUCAUCUAUCACCUGAAUAUCUAAUGAAAAUGAAAGCACGUUUUGUAGAUGCAACAAUGGAUGCAGAAAAACAUAUGCAAGCAAAUAUUGUUGCUGUAAAUGAAACAACGGAUAAAAGAAAUGAUAGGCCUAGGAAAUCAACGAAAGGUAUGAAAAAGAAUAGAAUGAUGAAAAAUGAUGAAUCGAAUGGAAAUUUGUCACAAAUUAUCCGAUCGCAAUCAUUCACAAAAUUGAAAGAGGUGGUAGAAGUGGAAGAAGUGAUAAUUGAUAAUGUGAUCGGAAGACUCAAUUAUACGAAAAUUGGAAAUUGUUUGAUUAAAAAUGCUUCAGGAAGACUUAGCUGUCUUCUAUUGCAAGCUUUACGUCAGCGCAUAACAAGAGUACCAGUUGAAAGUGCUGGACAGGUAUUAGCGGUUUAUGCAAAUAACGAUUUAUUGCUAUUGAAACAUUUGAAAAAUAGUGUUGUAAGUGUGAUAACAUCACAAGGUGAUAAUGGAAAUGAUGCAAAAGAAGAAUUAUGCCGUUUGCUAAAUUCGAUCGCAUCAUUUAAUCUUGGCAGAAAUUAUCUCUUGGCUAAAAAUCAGGGAAAAGAAUUAAUUGCAGUAUUAACGACAGCUUUAAAGACCAAGAAAUUACAUCAUUAUGCUGGUGAACAUGUUCUGGCAGCACUUCAAAAACUUAGCAUAAGAUCAUCGGUGCAAAAAGAAUUGAUAAAAUUAGGUAUGGUGGAAUGGUUAUCAUUAUAUCUUGGUAGUAGUAAACUUAGUCCAACAGCGCUUGAUUAUGGUUGUGCAUUAUUGCUAAAUUUAUGCUUAGAUCCAUCUGGUCGAUCAGCAGCAUCACGAGUUGCUACAAUUUUUACUGCAACAAUAGCAAAUUUGAUAUCUGAUCGUAAAUUACAGGUAUGCACAUAUAUUAAUGGUAUAUUAUUCACAAUACUUGGUAUUGCUCAAAUAAAAGCACGAGUGAAAGAAAUUAAUUUGGUUAAUACUGUCAAAGAGAAAUUAAACAAUCGUCAUUGUAAAGAUGAUGAGAAACAGCUACCGAUUAUUUACAAAAUUCUUAACGGUGGUAAGAUUUAA